GGAGAAAUGGCAUGAAUACAGCCUUUUACUGUUUAGACAAGCGUCACUGUGCGCGCGUUGGAAACUUGUUUAGCCAGCCAGUUUCAAUUUAAGCUUGUGGACAUUGAGAGGUUUACCCGAAGCACAGUCUGACAAACUUAAAGGAGAGGGGGGCGGAAAAAAAAAAAGCCCAUCCAAGUCCCUAAAGUGACGCUUUUGGCUCAAAACGAGCAAACCCGUUGAGUGGUUCAAACAAGGAUACGCUGUUGGACAUGUGAAUUUAAAGGAAAUAAGCGCAACAAUGAAACAAGCGACUGUCCUGUAUUGCCUCGACUUUUUCCUGACGUGCCUCUUGUUUGGGUCGAGCUCGUCACAAUCAGUAUGUGCCGGAACGGAGAACAAGCUGAGUACGCUGUCCGACCUGGAGCAGCAAUAUCGCACCCUGAGGAAGUACUACGAGAGUUGUGAAGUCGUAAUGGGCAAUCUCGAAAUCACCAGCAUUGACCGGAGUCGAGACCUCACUUUCCUCAGAUCGAUCCGAGAAGUGACUGGCUAUGUCCUGGUGGCUCUGAAUCAGUUUGACUACUUGCCGUUGGAGAACUUGCGUAUCAUCCGAGGGACAAAGUUGUAUGAGGAUCACUACUCGCUUGCCAUCUUCCUCAACUACAGACAUGAUGGAAACUUUGGAUUGCGUCAGUUGGGUCUGAGGAACCUCACAGAGAUCCUAAGUGGAGGUGUCUACGUUCACCAAAACAACUUCCUGUGUCACGCGGACACCAUUCAUUGGCAGGACAUUGUCAAGAACUCAGGUGUCUAUCCCGUGGUUGUGCCCACAAACAGUAGUACCACAUGUCAGAAGUGCCAUCGAUCCUGUAAUGGGCGUUGCUGGGGACCUAAACAAGAUCAGUGUCAAACCUUAACUAAGACGGUGUGUGCUGUGCAGUGCGAUGGCCGCUGUUUUGGCCCCUAUGUGAGUGACUGCUGCCAUCGUGAGUGUGCAGGUGGCUGCUUUGGUCCAAAAGACACUGACUGCUUUGCAUGCACUAACUUCAACGACAGCGGGGCGUGCGUGACGCAGUGUCCACAGCCAUUUUUGUACAACCCCACCACCUUCCAGGUUGAACACAACCCUCGGGCAAAAUAUACUUACGGAGCCUUCUGUGUCAAGAAAUGUCCACAUAACUUUGUGGUGGACCAGAGCUCCUGUGUGCGAGCGUGUCCUAGUAACACCAUGGAGGUGGAGGAGAACCGCAUCAAGAUGUGCAUUCCUUGUUCCGACAUCUGCCCAAAAGCUUGCGAUGGCAUCGGAACUGCAAGUUUACAGAUGGCUCAGACAGUGGACUCCAGCAACAUUGACAAGUUUGUAAAUUGCACAAAAAUAAAUGGCAAUUUGAUUUUUCUCAUCACUGGAAUUAAAGGGGAUGUCUAUAAUGACAUUGAAGCUUUGGAUCCAGAAAAACUGAAUGUGUUCCGCACUGUUAGAGAAAUUACCGGAUUUUUGAGCAUCCAGUCUUGGCCCGACAACAUAACAGACUUGAGUGUUUUCAGCAACUUGGUAACGAUAGGGGGAAGAUCGCUUUACAGCGGAAUCUCCCUGCUGGUGUUAAAGCAGCACGGCAUCAUAUCACUUCAACUUCAGUCCCUCCGUGAGAUCAGCGCGGGCAAUGUGCACAUUGUAGAGAAUAGCCAGCUGUGCUACUACAACACAGUCAACUGGACCCGACUGUUCCGUGCGGCCAACCAGAAAGCUUUGACCCACAACAACAGAGACCCACGGGCGUGCUCCAAGGAGCAUCUGGUGUGCGAUCCGUUAUGUUCCGACUCUGGAUGUUGGGGUCCCGGUCCAGACCAAUGUCUCUCGUGCAGGGACUUUAGCAGGGGACAAAGUUGUGUGGAACAAUGCAACCUGUAUGAAGGGGAGAUUCGUGAGUUUGCCAACGAGUCAAUGUGUGUGGAGUGUGAUCCCCAAUGUGAGCGCGCUGACGGCAACUCUUUGACCUGCCACGGUUCGGGCCCAGAGAACUGUGAGAAAUGCAUCCAUUUUAAGGAUGGUCCUAACUGUGUGGAAAAGUGCCCAGACGGGGUGCAAGGCGCAAACAGUUUCAUCUUUAAGUAUGCAGAAAGCAACAAUGAGUGUCAUCCCUGCCAUGCUAACUGCACACAAGGGUGCACUGGGCCAAGACCCCAAGACUGUAUUGGCUGGAUGGACAGAACCCCUUUGAUCGCAGCAGGGGUGAUUGGCAGCCUCUUCAUGGUGGUUAUCUUUGUGCUGAGUGUGGCGGUGUCCGUGCGCCGGACCAACAUUAAGAAGAAGCGAGCCCUUCGUCGCUUCCUGGAAACAGAGCUGGUGGAACCUUUGACACCAAGUGGGACGGCACCUAACCAAGCUCAGCUACGAAUCUUGAAAGAGACAGAACUCAGAAGAGUCAAGAUCCUCGGUUCUGGGGCCUUUGGGACAGUAUACAAGGGAAUUUGGAUUCCUGAAGGUGAGACAGUUAAGAUACCUGUAGCCAUUAAAAUCCUCAACGAAGCCACGGGGCCCAAGGCAAAUGUGGAGUUCAUGGACGAGGCCCUAAUUAUGGCCAGCAUGGAGCACCCUCACUUGGUACGUCUGCUGGGCGUUUGCCUGAGUCCAACAAUCCAGCUGGUUACGCAACUGAUGCCUCACGGCUGCCUUCUCGACUACGUCUACGAGCAUAAGGACAACAUCGGAUCACAGCUGUUGCUCAACUGGUGUGUCCAGAUUGCUAAGGGGAUGAUGUAUCUGGAGGAGCGUAGGUUGGUCCACAGGGAUCUGGCAGCCCGCAACGUCCUGGUGAAAUCCCCCAACCACAUCAAGAUCACCGAUUUUGGAUUAGCCCGCUUGCUUGAUGUUAAUGAGAAGGAAUAUAAUGCAGAUGGAGGAAAGAUGCCCAUUAAAUGGAUGGCUCUGGAGUGUAUUCAUUACAGGAAGUUUACUCAUCAGAGUGAUGUUUGGAGUUAUGGGGUAACAAUUUGGGAGCUGAUGACCUUCGGAGGGAAGCCGUAUGAUGGAAUUUCAACCAGAGAUAUUCCAGACCUACUGGAGAAAGGGGAACGUCUGCCACAGCCACCUAUCUGCACCAUUGAUGUUUAUAUGGUCUUAGUCAAAUGCUGGAUGAUUGAUGCAGACAGCCGACCCAAGUUCAGAGAACUGGCGGCAGAGUUCACCAGGAUGGCCCGUGAUCCGCAGAGAUACCUCGUUAUUCAAGGCGAUGACCGUAUGAAGUUGCCAAGUCCAAACGAUAGCAAGUUCUUUCAAAGCCUCCUGGAUGAAGAAGAGCUGGAAGACCUGAUGGAUGCUGAGGAGUAUGUGGUGCCACACUCCCUGAAUAUCCCACCUCUGACAUAUACUUCGCAAACACACAUGGACCCCAGCAAGUUUUGCUGCCAGGAUUCUAAAUUUAGCAGGCAGGAUACAAUGGCCACCCUCCAAAGAGUGGUCUCUCUUCCGCCUGUAAGCGGCGCCUGCCUGAUUUCCCCGGACCUGGCCUCGGGAGGGCAGACCGCUGGUGGAUUUGUCCGUGCUAAACAGGACGAUCCACGAUGUAACGGCACUUUAAGGAAGCAGGUCUCCCCGAGAUCAAGCGUCCUUGGUGCUGGAUCAGCACUUUCUACAGGACAAGCUGGGCGGGAGGACUGCGGCGGACAGCGUUACAGUGCCGACCCAACUGGUCUGCUUGCAGAACGAGGUGCCAAGGGGGAGAAGGAACAGGAUCCCUUUGCGAGUACCAUGAGAGAGAAAAAGAAUUCAGAGUACAUCAACCCUGUCGAGGAGAACCCUUUCAUAACACGUCGCAGAAAUGGAGAUGCCAACGCGGUAGUUGAUGGCGGAGGCUGCCACACUCUGCACAUGGCCACGGCCGCUUCUGCCGCCGGGACCUCCGGCAGCCACAGGAACGAUGAAUACAUCAACGAGCCACUUUACCUGAAUACCUUUCUUAACCCCGGGGACAAGAGCGGAUUAGCUUCCACCGUAUCUUUCGCUAUCCCAGGGACCUCCGCUGCCCAGACAGUAUCGCAGACAGUCAACAAAUCGACAUCAAGCCACGCAGUCCCCUCCUCUGGAUACGUCCUAGCCCCUGGCCACCUCCCCCACCCUGCGUAUCCGUCACACACGCUGCAUCCAGGGCAUACGGGACAUGCCGUGCACUCAGGCAUUACCGGCGGCACCAUCAUGUUGGAUAAGAAAAGCAAGAAAGCUUCUUUUGACAAUCCUGAAUACUGGCAGCACAGUCUCCCUCCCAAAACCUCUCUGCACAACCCCGAGUACCUGCAGGACUGCAGCACACGCUUCUUCUACAGGCAGAACGGACGCAUCCGCCCCGCCCUUGCCGAAAACCAGGAAUACUUGUCCGAGGCGGCUAUGAAAGCCGGCAAUGUGUUACCGCCCCCGCCCUACAGACAGAGGAACACUGUGGUGUAGUCGCCCACCUGUAGCACGCCGAAAGCGGGAGUACGAGCCUUGAGCGACCCUCACAGUAGCAAACAUUCUCCAAGUGGGUUCUUCUUGUACCCGGUGCAAACGCCUCUGUGAUUUCGUCCCGACUCAAAGACUCAGCAUGUACCGACAGUGCUACAUUAGCAGUAUUACAAAACGUUCUUUUCUUUUACACAGCCCUAAUGUUCUGAUUUCGUUUUAUUUUUUAACGCAACAGCACUUAGUGUAGUAUGUCCAGAGAGACAAAAGUAAUCCAUCACUAAAAUUACUGAUGAAGGUGGAAACGAUCCAAAAAUCCAAAGAGAGGAUAAUUGCCAUGACUGAUUCAUUAAACUACUACUUUCCUAAUCAUACGCUAAUAAUCCCAGUCGCCUUUUGCGAAUACUUCCCACGGUUGAACUUGCUGAUGGCAGCAAGCGCACAUAGGCAUUGCUUGCGAGUAGCCUGCGAAAAUGAUGCAAGGCCGCAGAGUUGUCGUGACCUCCCAGCAAAAAGCUGCAGUCAUGCUAAAGCCCAGAUGUUGCAAACCCACACACUUCUUUUGCAUUUGUUUGCGCCAGUAAUGGAAUUCAAAUAUUUAUCACAUGCAGUAUUGUUCUGUUCACAUGCCGCCAGCCUCGACACGCCAAACAUGAAUUCAUAACUAAAUGCAUUCACGUUUCAGAUAAACCCAUUGCCACCUAAAAUGUAUUCUUGGAGAGAAGCGGCAUUAACUGUCAGACGGAUGUACGGUGUUCUUAUACCAUGACGCAGGUGCUGUGCGCAGAAAGGGUCGACACUGAAUAAAUGUCAGUGCAAUUUUAUGUAUCCUUAGUUUAACGUCUGGCGGAAAGCAUUGAAAGGAUUACAGGUUUGACUCAAGUAACCUUAUCUACUUUUCCUUAUUGUUCUCUUGCCAUUCAGCCAUGAAGAUUGGUAAUAGAAAAUAAAAGAGCACCUAUAAUAAAUUAUAUAUCUGUCAAAAUAGUUUUAUCCAGCUAGUGUUCCAUCAAUCACAGUCUAGGUUUAAUUCUGUUGUUCCAUAUUAAAUUCACAAGCUAAGUGCUAUGGUUUCGGGAAAGAUCCUUUCUGUACGCAGCAUGACUAAACCAAUGUGGACCAAUCACGGUCCUUAAAGGUAAAUAUUCUUCUGGAUGGACAUGAAUUCUCACAGACAAACCCCCAAAUGUUUUCUUCUAUUUUCCUAGUUCCAAAGAAAGAGCAAGUCCAUAAUUUGUAUGCUAAGUUGUUCAUGUGGUUAUAUAAGUCAAUUUUAGGCAUCAGGUGUUAUUGGCACUCGCGUAUGUAAGUAUCAGUUGUUGAGAGUCAGCAUAAGGCUCCAUAAUGGAUCUCAAUGGGGGGGAAAAAAGGUCAGUCUUAUGGAUUUUUAAAAAAAACAAUUGGGGCUCUCUUGCAACCAAGUGGCUUUUAGCUUUUUUCGAAUGCUACUUUAUCCACUUUCCUUGUGGUUCCCUGGGAGAAAUUGUACUUCCCAACAUGUAUCCCAUUGCGCCCACUCAGAAACCCUCAACGACAGGCAAUAGGUUGAAAUCUCACAGUCAGUAUGAGACUUACGUAUUAGCAUCCGAGAAACGAUGCAUCGGUGUUGUGAAAGCAGUGAGAUGGUGCAACGCAAAUGUCAUUCUUCUCUUGCUUACCUUUCAGGAGAAAGAUAUACUCGGUUUUAUGAUGAUGAUGACGUUGUUUAAUGUGAAAUUUGGCUUAGUUACAUCCGUGUUUUUACAGCCAAACACCCUUUUAGUUCUGCUCAUCUACUAAGUCAGAUUUACGGUCAUAUUUAUUGGAGAGGAAGAAGAAUAUGUAUAGAUAUCCGGAGGAGGGAAUAAAAUGUUUUUGUUUCCAAUUCCAAGGAUAUAGCAGGCAAUAAAAAUGAUCAUCGUGGUUAUAUUUGUAUUAAACAAGUCAACUGUUGAAGAAGCCAUUUUUUUUUUGUAAUUCAAAUUUAAUUAGCUUUCAGACGUGUAAAGGCUUGAGGCCUCCAUUCCUUAUAAGCAUCCUAAAAGAAACUGGAAGGAAGAUCUUUUUCAAACAGAGGUUUUAUUAUUGUUAUUAUUAUUAGUUGAUUGUAUACAAACAAUUUGUUUACCUCGACUGGUUCCCAAUUCAGCGUCUCGGUGAUUUCACUUGAAAGAGUACUUAGAGUAAAUAGUACUUAACUUCAAAUUGAUUGAUCUCAUCUCUUUGUCUGUAUCUACUCACUAACAUGAUGGGAUCUUUUUUUAGGUUCUGGAGAGGCUGUGAUUCUUAUUUAAAAAUUGAUAAGAUGUUGAGUUGAUUCUAUAUUCAUCAUGUAUGCAACGACAUAGAAAUGG